CCUCCGAAUUUGAGACCCGACAGACCGAGUCUGAUCUGCCAUGUAGCAAGACGAUCCUGACAUCGCCUCCUCCAAGAUGAGAUUGGCCUCGUCACGCAAAACCAGCGCUCGGCCAUGCACAAGUCCGCGGCCUUUUCUUCCCCGCAGCCCACGGUUACCCACCCCACGCUCACUUCAGACUGCGGCAUGAUCAAGUCCGGUCGCUCGCUGGGCGUGUAUAAAAACUAAGUUUAAGAAUCUCAUCUUCUCAUUGUAGCAUAACGUUCGACCCCAAGUUCCAACAUGCCCAAAACGCUUCGCAUCGCAGUCAUCUCCGGUGAUGGCAUCGGCCAAGAAGUCAUGCCACACGGCGUGGCCUGCCUCGAAGCCGCCGCCAAGGCGUACAGCAUCCCGCUGGAGAUGAAGACCUUUUACUUUGCGUCAUGUGACUACUACGACAAGCACGGCACCAUGAUGCCCGACGACUGGAAAGCGCAGCUCGAGGGCUUCGACGCCCUCUACUUUGGCGCCGUCGGCAUGCCAGACCGCGUACCGGACAAUGUCUCCCUCUGGGGCAGUCUCCUCAAGUUCCGCCGGGAGUUUGACCAGUACGUCAACCUGCGCCCGUGUCGGCUCAUGCCGGGCGUGCCCUGCCCACUCGCUGGGCGGAAGCCUGGCGACAUUGACUUUUGGAUCGUGCGGGAGAACACCGAGGGCGAGUACAGUAGCGUCGGCGGCACGAUGUUUGAGGGCACCGACCGGGAGACGGUCAUCCAGGACACGGUGAUGACGCGGGUGGGCGUGGACCGUGUCCUCCGGUACGCGUUUGAGCUGGCGCAGAGCAGGCCGAGGAAGAAGCUCACCAGCGCCACCAAGAGCAACGGGAUCAGCAUCACCAUGCCCUGGUGGGACUCGCGCGUGGCGGCCAUGUCCAAGAACUUUGCCGACGUCAGUGUGGAAAAAUACCACAUUGACAUCCUGACGGCGCAUUUCGUGCAGCGACCGCAGAUCUUUGACGUUGUUGUUGCGAGCAACCUAUUUGGCGACAUCCUCUCGGAUCUGGGGCCUGCCUGCACCGGCACCAUCGGCAUCGCCCCGUCCGCCAACAUCAACCCGAGCAGCACAUUCCCCUCCCUGUUCGAGCCCGUCCACGGCAGUGCCCCGGACAUCUACGGCCGGGGCGUGGCGAACCCGGUCGGCAUGAUCUGGGCCGGGCAGAUGAUGCUCGAGCACUUUGGGUACAAGGAGGCGGCGGCGACGAUGCUCAAGGCCAUUGAGAAUGUGCUGGCGCGCGCCGAGAGCAGCGUCGUGACCCCGGACAUGGGUGGUCAAGGCAAGACCGAGGGGUUUGGCAAGGCCAUUGAGGCGGAGAUUGUCAAGCUCGGUGGGGGCACGUCGUAGGCGUGGUUUUGAAGAGCGUGUGUUUUAUGGUGUGUUGAAUACGAGACAUGCCCUUCUGCGAGGUGAUAUUGUGUGUCGAUGGGUGAUUUGAAUAGUACAUGGUCAUUACAGCUACAUCUUCCUGGCAACAAGGCACCAACAUGCUUCGUUCCGCCUCCAAGUGCUGAAGAAGACGGAAAAUCCGGCAUGGACAAAUUCUAGGAUCCCCGUCACCCAAGGUAUCUCAUCCCAGCACUGC